AUUGGGUGCAGAACCUCUUUUCUUCCAGUGAAAGUCAUUCAGGCAAUAGUGUAUCUAACAAAUGAAAAACUUCAAGAGAGAGUUCAGCUACUCACUGCCGCCAUGGUGGGCCGAAGCAAUAUCAAAAAUUAUUGCCUGCGAAUGAAGAAAGAAGAUGAGGAGGUCCAGAAGACAAUGUUUCCUGAUGACUUCAUUCUUUCCAUAAAAAAUUUGAUUAACCAUGGUAUUGUUAAAACAAGUGCACCAGGCAGUGAAAUAAUUCUCUUCAGUGAAUCUGAUAUCAGGGACAAACUAAGGAAAGUCUUGCACAAGUCUCGAGUCCAGUAAUCCUCGCUAGCAGUAAUCAAAUCAAAUUAAAUCUUGAAAGGAAUUAGUUACAAGAUUAAAUGGUUUCUUUUGAAUCAGCAAAUUAUAGGUUAUUGUUCCAAAAUGAACUCUAAGCCCUAAAAUCUUUAUUUUUUAAACUGUAACAAGCAAUGAAAAUGAGUUUUCAGUUAAAUAAAAUCAAUUAUUCACAUUACAAGAGUCUCACUGCAUAAUCCUGCAAGUUAUCACUCCAAACAUUUACAAUAAACCCCACCAACACAAAAACAGUCCGCUGGCAUUUUGCUUUUACGCGUCUUCUGCUUUCUGGCUGCUACCGAUGCCGUUUGUCGUUUGUCGUACCGGCCAAAGGAGAAUUUUUUUGACUAUGUACAUGUACAACGACUAACGACUGAAUGCACCCUAGUGGUGCAGUUGUUGUAAGCGUGAGCUCGCGUUCUCGUGGAACUCAUUACCUGAAAUCCUAUUUCUUCUAAUGUUCAGCCAUGAGCUGUUCAGGACAAGGCUCUAAAGAUGGUAAUAACCCGAAUUCGAGCAAGCGGUCACUAGCAACUACGUACCGCCGAAUAACCAAGAAAAAAAAGGACAUAAUUGAUGCUCUGGCUUCUGGAGAGAGUUUAGUUGUCGCAGUUCCUGUGGCAGAACCACCUGAUGCUCAGAUACAUGCUGCUGUUGAGCGAGAGGUGCUCAACCAACAGGAUCCACCCAUUGAAAUGAGUGUGCCAGAAGACAAUCAACAGGUUUUGUCAGGAUCACUGGCCAAGAAGGAACUUACAGUGCAAGAAAGCCGAAAGGAUCUGACAGGUCAAAUGGAUGUUGUGCCUGAGAACAACUCAGUGGAUAACAUUGUAGAGGAACAGCAGGAUACUUCAUCAUCAUGUUCAGGCCACUCUUUACUAUCAGAAACCAAUGAACCUUUCUUUCAAGAAAGUGAAUCAGAAGAUAAUGGAACAGGACCUGAGGGUUACGAUCCUGAUGACCCUGAUGAGCCGCAUAACUCAGAGAGCAGUGGUGUUGAAGAUAGUGAUAGUGAUGAAGAUGAUAACGAUGAAGAUCUCUUUUCUUUUGAUAACCAGUCAUUGGAUCAAAGAGUGGUGCUCAUUAACAAUCCAUCCAUCAGAGAAAUUUUGUUGCUUGACUUGGCACAGAUGAUUCGCCACAAGUUCACUUACGAAGCUCUUAUCAAUGGCUUUGAAAACAAGAAUGCUCUUUUUGGACGCAAGUUCUUCCCAACCUCCAAGAAAGAACUUUGGAGAGUUCUUGGUAGGAAAAAUUCAGGUAUAGUCUACCAUGCAUAUUGCGAUAAGUGGGGACAGUAUAUCUGCAAGCAGCAAGAUCGUGGUCUGUCUGCUUUUUGCAAAAAUACUAAAUGUGCAAGAAACAAAACGCCCAUUGAAGCUCGUAAGGUCAAGUAUUUUGCCACCAUAAGCCUUCGUAAACAGCUCAAUCAUCUUUUGAACAUCCCAAACAUUGCUCAACAUCUUACAUUCAGAGAGACACGCAUGAAGCAUGAAGACACAGGGAUAGAAGAUGUGUACGAUUCUGAGAACUACAAGGCACUACAAGCAACAGGAGUCCUGGGCUGUAAUGACAUCUCAGGCACUUUAAAUACGGAUGGUUGCAAAGCAACCAAAGGUGCUACUAAAGAAACAUUUCCCGUUUUUGUGCGCAUUAAUGAGUUUCCUCCUCAUCUGAGACAGAAGUUCAUGCUAUUUGCUGCUGUCUAUGUGGACAAAGAACAACCACAAAUGGCAACCCUUUUGAAGCCUGUUGUCAAGGAACUCAAUGGCCUUGGAAGAAGAGGAAUUAAGAGACCUAAUGUGACUGGUGAAGAAGUGGAAACAAAACUAGUAGUGUUCUGCUUCUGUGUUGAUGGGAAAGCCCGUGGUCAAAUUUUAAAUAUGGGUACCCAUGCGUCAUUUGAUGGAUGCACAUACUGUUUGAUCCAUGGUGUUUCUUUCAAAGUUGGACUGACAAGUACCAUGCGCUGGCCAGCUCUUGACCACCCUCUUGUACCUGAGUAUUCUGACAGAACUGAUGAUGACAUGAAGGCGUGCAUGGUUUUGGCUGAUAGGUCAGGGCAAGUGGUUAAAGGUCACAAAGGCGGAUCAGCUCUCAUGCUGCUGGACCACAUGGACUUGCGAAAAGGGAACUGUGUGGAUGACCUCCACGUCAUCUAUGAGUGUGCAGCUGCGCACAUCACAGACUUGAUCCUGUCUGAGGCACCUCGGAAAGAUGAAAGGACCAGUGAUGAGCAUCUACUGAACACUAUUGACACAAGAAUGAAAAUGAUAAAGACUCCAUCUAAAAUUUCAAGAAAACCAGGAUCAUGCAGUAUCAGGAAUCGGAAAAAGUUCAAAGGCACACAGUGGAGAGACUGGCUUAUCCACUUUGCUCUGCCCUGUCUCGAGGGGCUUAUAGUAGAUGAGCACAUGCAUCUCAUAGAGAAGUUGUCUAGAGGUGCGUUUUUGCUUUCCCAGGACAUUAUUUUGCCUGAACAUAUUGAAGAAGCUGAGACAUGUUUCCGUGAUUUUCUCAAUUUAAAUGAAGAACUGUAUGGUUUGGAGAAUACAAAAUUAAAUUUGCACACUCUUAGUCAUGCUGCUCGUUGUGUCAAAGAAAAUGGACCAUUGUGGUGCUACUCUACCUUUAAUUUUGAAAGUUGGAACAACAAAAUUAUUAAAAGUGUUAUGUCUCCGGCUGGAGCUGUGCAACAGAUUGUAGUACGCCAUCUUGUGCACUUGGUCUUGUCAGCGGCUGUUUCAUCCAAUGAACAAUUUUCACCUGCUACAAGAGCUCAACUGACCAAGACGCUUCAGAAGAAAGCAAAACUGGUGAAUGUUACCAAGAUGGGUACUGAUGUUUACUUGGCUGGAAGACCUGACACAAGAAGAACUACUCAGUCUGAAAAACAAGCACUGGAAGACAGUGGCUUCUCUAAUGUCAAUAAUGUUCAAGAAUUUGAUAAAAUUCUAAUUAGAAGCACAACAUAUGGUGUUCCUAAAGGUGAAGCCUUGUCUGACAAUAGUGUGCUCUACACUUAUUCUGAUAGGUUCUGUAGUGUUAGUAGUGUUGUGAAGUUUAAGAUUGAGGACGGAAGUGAGAAGUGUGGUUUGUUUGUGUUGUGCCACAGAGUUGGACCUCUGCCUUUCAGUUACGCAAAGCACAUAUCUUUGCUUUGUAAUGACCAAGACCAGCUAACAUUUAUUCCACCUGAAGAUGUGAGAGUGCCUUGUGUUACAUCAAAAGUGUUGGGGAAUACCUAUGUUAGUCCUAUUCCAAAUCCCUUUGAAAUUGACUAGCAUAGAUAUUUAAAUUAGUGUUCUAAGUUCUUUGGUUGCUUCUUUUGAUUGAUUCUUUGAUCCAAUGGUGCUAGUCUAUUACUGAGACUAGUAGUACAAGACUAAUAGUAUGUGUAAAAUUACAUGCAUAUCUUUUCUGGAAUAAAAUUGAUAGGGCCUAGGCUACAAAUAAUCAGAAUUUAGAUAUUUUAUAGUUAGUCUCAAUUGGAUAGUUCAUAAUUGAGUGCUUAACCAAGCUGAAUGUUUUGGUUUCAUUUAAUAAGUCUAACCUUUCUAAUCUUUUAUUAUCUUAAUACUUAAAAU